CAAACCACCUUAGGCCUCUAUAUAAACCCCCAACAGCAUUUUCAUUCCCUUCACCGAGAGACGUAACCUUGAGGUUGUAUUUAAAGAGACUAUAUAUAAUGGCUGCAAACCAUAAUAAACCUUCUGGUGUCAGGACGAGAGCAAAGGUAACCGCCAUGGACCAUCAAAACAUGUCAUUCACUUUCACAGUUAUUGAUGGAUAUCUCUCAGAUGAUUACACAAGUUUUACCAAUACACUUACUGCCACGACACCAACACAGAGGGAUGGGAACUAUAAUUGCCUUGUCAAGUGGUCUGUGCUAUAUCAGAAAGCAAAUGAAAAUGUACUUGAUCCGACGUACUUUGUGAAGAUGCUGGAAGAUUUUACCAAGGAGUUGGAUGCCAAUUUGCUCAAGGAAGCUUAGACAAGAUCGAUCAUCUACGUAGAUGAUAUGGUUGCAGGAAGCUAUACGUGCAUGUUUGUGCUUGAUGUUUAAACACAUUAGACAUCUAAAUAAAGUUGUGCGUAAUAUGGAUUUACCAGAUAUAUUUAUCUAAUUAAUUUAGUAAAAUGCUUAAACAUGGUGGGUAUAUUUGGCAAGGAAUAGUUUGCACCUUCUCCUCACCUUCUCAUGUCCUUUACAGAUAUACAGUAUAUUAUAUGAAUCCUAAGGUCAAUUAAGAA